UGAAAGAAAGCGGUUCCCACGUGGGUUUGUUUACAUCGAGCGACAUACCAACUGAAAAUCAUGUUUUAUUACAAAAAGAUUUUCCACUAACAGAGAUUCCUUUACUCUUUACAUACAGAUUAUGGCGCAAUACGACCACAUCUGUCGAAAGGCAUAAAAGUCUCGAUCUUUAAUAUGAUUUUUUAAUGCAGGAAUCGCAUAGGUUGGCAUAAGCAACGUUUUUAAAGGCCAAGGGAUUGUUAUUUUUUCUUGAAGCAACAGGAGCCUCUGAGACCAAGAAACACAGCUCCAGGGAAUAUAGACUUCAAAAGGCUAAAACCCCAUAAAAGAAGAAGAAGAAGGAGUCUCUGAGAGCCUAUUAUGAAGUCGCGAAAGAGAAUGAGAUCUCGUUGAAAUGUGUCCAAGGAAAAAAGGUCAGAUAAGUUCAAAUUAAGUUCAUCGUCUGUCAUCAAAGGUCAGAUAAGCUCAAAAUAAGUUCAUCGUCUGUCUUCAUCCAUUCCCUUUUUGAUCAUGGAUACCUCGCCGAUACCAGGGGGAUGUUCAGUGGCCGGGUGCAAGAGCCGCGACGAUUUACACCAUUUUCCGGAAAGCGAGAGGGAGAAGAGAUCGUGGAGUGACUUCUGCCAGAGAGAUAUUGCGAAUUUUAGAGACACGGACUAUGAGGCUAUGGAGAAAUUAAAGAAAGGGAGUCAGCCAACGCAACAGCCACCUGGAAUUAAAGGUAAACCAGCCACAGAGAAAUGUAGCAUUGAAGAAUUCCAAAGACAAUUGAAACGUUUAAAGAAAGAGAAGAAUAUUCUCCUAAAAAGAAAUAGACUAUGGGCCAAAGAAAUGAAAGAGGCAAGGAAACAGAUGUCUGAUCUCCGUUAUCACAAUGAAUUGAUGGCGGAGGAGCGUGAUAAGGCUAGGAAAGAAAGGGAUGCUCUUCAGUUGGAGAAAAGACAUCUGUUGAAGGCACUGGAGGAGGAGAGAAAAGAGAAGGAAGCUCUGGUUGCAAGGAAGAAGCAGGAAGGAGCAGAACUUCAUGUGGCAGUUACAGAAAGCAGUGAAAUACCGGAUUGUCCAUCGAUGGAAAUACCAACAGUGAAUGUGCUUAAUGUUAAAAAGGAGAAUGAAAUGUCGCACACACAGAACCAUAACGAGGAAAUGAAAGAAGUAGAAAGUGAAGACACAGAUAUUGAACCGAAGAAUGAAGAGGAAAUCACAAUCAAAGAAGAGGAAAUUGAGUGCAAUGAUCCAUUAUUGACUUUCCCAUGCAAGUUUUGUGAGACCGUGUACGCCACCAAAUAUGACCUGGAAAAUCACAUAAGAGAAGAGCAUGAGAGAGGAGCCUUACUGAGCUGUUGCAGUUGUGAGAAAAUGUUCCAUAAAGAUAUUGAACUUAAGCUCCAUGAAGUAGUACAGCAUCAGGCAAAGUUAUGUAAGAAAGAGAUGCCUCCCAAGCGCGCCUUCAGAGAUGCCUGGCUGGAAGACAUCAACUUCAAGGCGUGGUUGAAGAAGGUGGACGGCAAUCACCAGAAAGCGUUUUGUGAAGCGUGUGGCUAUCAAAUCAGUGCAGAGAUCUCCGCCAUCAAGCGACACAAGACAUCCCGUAUUCACUGCACUAAUAUGGUUCCAUUUUAUGCUUCCCUUUCGUCCUCAAGUACAAAUACCUCGGCAGUUUGUCAAUAUGACAUGACAACAAGGGCAGAAAUUAAAUUUUGUUCAUACUUUGAAGAGCAUAAGAUACCACUGAACAGUUUUGAGCAUUUUAAAAAUAUAUUGAAAGAUGCUUUGCCAGAUUCCAAAAUCAUCCAAAGCAUGGCACUUAAAAACACAAAGCAAAGGAAACCUAAAAAUAUAUAAACUAUAAUUAUAAUAAAAGAACUCCAAAAUAAUUAAAUUUCUUUAAUUGUUGACGUGGCGACUGAUAAAUGCACAUACAGUGGUAUGCUAUAGUAUGUAGGCAUUUCAGUAACCAUACACCAAAGUAUAACAACCAAGCUCCUAGAUCUAAAAGAAAUAUGUAACAAGAGAAUGAAGACGUUUACCCGACACUGACAUUCCACCAGACUUAACCAUACUGAAGUCUUCAUGGAACUGACGAAUAGAAUGUUUCAACCUUUACAAUUAGAUAUGCCAAUUUUUGCUCUUGAUGUUCUUGCCCUUCCGGCUUCGAACGCCGAUGUAGAGAGGCUCUUUUUCAAAGGAGAAUGGAUUAAACUGAAGACUAAAAUGAAGCCAUCUUUCUGGACAUGUGAAGGGAUCGAGAAGCCAUGUCUUGCAGUACACAAAAACCUGUCCAGGAGUGAAACUAUGAGUAUUAACUAUUAAUGUAUUUUAUACUGAUGCAGAUUAUACAAAUUUUAAUCUUGCUGUUUGAAAUUACUUAUUCGAUUGA